AUGACCUCAUCACCAAGAAGCCCCUCCAAGUCGCCCUCGUCCAGCCCCGACGACGACGGCGACAAGGUGGUCGAGACGCCUGACAUCACGCCGCCGACAACGCAGAGGCCUAGGAAAGUAAAGUCCCCGCCGUCGCAGCCUCGCCCGCCGCUCCCGCCUCGCCCUCGCAUCCGCCGCCCCAAGAAGGGCUCCCUCCGCGACAUCCUCCGCCAGCACGCCGGCACUGCGCUCUUUAUGCGCCCCAUCUGCUGGACAGAUCUACAUGCCAGCCUGCUCGGGGCGCGCUUCUGCGAGCUGCCCCCUUGCGACACGCCGCAGCCUUGCGACCUGCCGGGGCCCACGCCGUCGCAGGGCCAUAUCCAGCCGUCAGACACGAUCACCAGGCUGAGCGAGGCCCUGACAGAGAUCCUGACGCCCCUUGGGCCGGUAGCAAAGCCGACUUCCACAGCCGUCAAGGCCGUGCUGUCGACGCUGUGGCCAGCGGCGUUUGCAAAAUCGCAAACGACGCCGGAACUGAACCUGUACUAUGGCGAUAGGGUCUACUUCGACGCCGUUCGUGCCCAGGCGCUGUGGAACUUUCCCCCAAAUCCGCCCACCUUGUCAUCACAGAGCUCUACCGCGACGAUAAUAGCCCGCCCUUGCGAGUCUUAUGGCUCCCUGGCAUCAACUACCGCAGCUCACUCCACUGCAAACCUACCGAUGCUGUGUUAUAUUGGAAAGCAGCAGCUGGCGAUGAUACGCCAACACCUCUUUCGCGUUGGCACUGGGCCUGAUGCGAAGCCCAAUAUCCCUGUGAUGCGACUGCAGCGGCUUCGGGCGAAGCAACUUGUCCCCGCAGACUCUGAUGAAGAUGCGCAUUUCGUCGGCAUCUUCCUCGCCAUGGCCCAGCGCCAUUUCUACACAACGCCGGUUAAGAUUCCGCGAGAGGGGUAUUGGCCGCCGCGAGAGAGUCGUUGGUCGCCACGGGAGGGCAAGCCCACGAGGCCCAAUUUCCAGGAUGUCAAGCUGCGGAUCUUGACUCACGACAAUGACACUUGCGAGUUUCUGGUCUAUACGGGGUACGUAACGGCCAAGUUUCUCGACCGGUUCUACGACCCGUCCUGCGCUCCGUUGGACGAAGACGGCAACGUGGAAGGAAUGAAGAUUGAGUUUACGCGCGUGCCCAUCUGGCCCAUUCUGGGAUUGCGGGAACGACUUGGCAAGGCCCUGGGAGAGGACAUUGUGGGCCCGUUUGACCCGAGCAAGAUGGAGACGUGGGAGUUUGACGGCCCGAGGCCCGAGCCGAGAUCACAGGACUCGGAUGCCACAGUGGCUACCGUCGUAACUUCUAAGCGCAAGCGUGGCAGCUCUCCCUCCACAUCGGGCGAAAGCUCAGAGGAAGAGUCAGACGGAGACGAGUCCGCCUUGCCCGACAAGCGAAGAUGCUUGAGCGAAGAGAGCCGGGUUAGCGUUGUGGUAUAG